AUGUCUGAUGAUCUAAUGAACGAAAAUGCAAUGCGACGCACGCCGACCUACUCUGUAGGUCUCCCAGGCACAACUGAUCCAACAGAUCUCCCAUUCCGCGAGCUCAGGCCAACCGCUACAUUUGAAGAAUAUACCACUGAAACACGGGAAGGGCGUAUCAUCAAGUCGGUUAAAUCUAAUGUGACGGGAAAGGUUGAGGAUUAUGACCUAGUCACAUUUAAAAUCAGCGAUCCAGAAAACCCGAAAAAUUGGAGCAAGGGGCGCAAAUGGUACAUCACGAUUGUUGUUGCUAUUACAUGCUUCGUUGUCGCAUUUGACAGCAGUGUUAUCACUUCCGGUAUCGGUCAAGUCGCAGAAGAGUUCCGUGUCAGCGAAGUUGUAGCGCUUCUCACCAUCACGGUUUUCGUCAUCGGUUUCGGUGUUGGUCCAAUGGUUUUUGCUCCUGUCUCAGAACUGGUUGGCCGUAAACCAAUCUAUGUUUCAACGCUAUUAGUCGCCGUAAUCUUCCUGAUUCCUUGUGCCGUUGCCAAAAAUUUCGCGACUCUCGUGGUCUGCCGUGCUAUUGCCGGUAUUGCAUUCAGUGCCCCAAUGACACUUGUUGGAGGCACAUUAGCGGAUAUGUGGAAGAACGAAGAGCGCGGCGUCCCUAUGGCAGCUUUCAGUGCCGCUCCAUUCAUUGGCCCAGCGGUGGGUCCUCUAGUUGGGGGCUUCCUUUCGGACGGCAAGGGUUGGAGAUGGCUCUACUGGCUCCAGCUCAUCCUGUCGGGAGCGACCUGGGUAUUGAUCACGUUCACUGUCCCCGAGACUUACACACCGGCUCUCCUUGCCAAGAGGGCUAAGAAGUUGAGAAAAGAGCAAAACUCCAACAGAUAUGUGACGGAACAGGAUCUGGAUUCGAGACCACUGGGAGAAAAGAUCUUCUUGUUCCUUUUCCGACCAUUCCAGCUCCUCUUCUUGGAACCUAUCGUUUUCCUCUUCUCCAUUUAUAUGUCGGUCCUCUACGGCCUUCUCUAUAUGUUUUUCAUUGCAUUUCCAAUUGUUUAUCAGAAGGGCAAAGGAUAUUCCGCCGGUAUUACUGGACUGAUGUUUAUUCCUCUCGCAAUCGGGGUUGUCUUCAGCGCCUGUUGCGCUCCACUUAUUAACAACCAUUACCUAAAGAUCAGCCAGAGAUAUGGUGGAAAGCCUCCUGCAGAAAUGCGUUUGAUUCCUAUGAUGAUAUCCUGUUGGUUUAUUCCAAUCGGAAUGUUCAUUUUCGCGUGGACUUCGUACCCCCGCCUACAUUGGUUUGGACCCAUGAUCGGAGGAUUCCCUGUUGGAUUCGGAUUCAUCUUUCUGUAUAAUUCCUGCAACAACUAUCUGGUGGACACCUAUCAACACCAGGCUGCCUCCGCCCUUGCUGCCAAAACCUUUUUGCGGUCCAUGUGGGGUGCCUCGGUUGUUCUCUUCACCCGCCAGAUGUAUAACAGAUUGGGUUAUCAGUGGGCCAGCACCCUGAUUGCGUUCCUUGCACUGGCUUGCUGCGCGAUUCCAUUCGCGUUCUUUUAUUUCGGGGAGGCUAUUCGGAAACACUCCAAGUACGCAUUCGUCGAUGUCCCGGGCAAUCCAGACGCAGAGAAAGAAGCCACCAGCCACUAG